AUGAUAUCGACAUUGAUCUACCGUAGCGGGCGUCACGGACGCGACUCCGCACCCGCUCCUGCAGCCACAGCCGUACGAUGCAUCAUCGCGCUCCUGCUGUUCAUCAUCCCGCACGUCUAUUCCAUUCGCUUCGAAAAAACUCAAGAUGUCAUCAUGGCCCCGCGUAUCCGCGUGCAUAAUGUGGUUCCCUGCGCGGAUCGAUCAGAGAACAUGAUCACGAGCAACAUCGCCAGUAGCGCCGAAACCGCCGCCGGCUCCGCCGCUGACGCCGUCGGUGGCAGCGAGACAGGCGGAAAAUCCGGCGCGGAUGAUGGGAGUGACUGUGUGAUCAAGGCGCACCACGCGGGAAUGCUUCGCCCGCAUCCCGCGUUUGUCCGCCUGCACCGAGCGGCCGUGCGGAAGGCGCUGGACGCGGCCAAGAGGAAACCGAAAGAAGAUCCGCGCGCGCUUCCCCCGCAUCGGCGGAGAGUAAGGGGCGCGGAGGACCUGAACUUGCGCUCGGCGGAGGACUUGAACUCGCUGGUGUUCGUGCCGGUGAUGGCGGACGACUCGUCCGUCGAAAAUCGGCGCGGUUCGGGGGGAAGCCUAACAUUCACCGAGUCGGAGAUUGGCGCGGAGUUGAAUUCCCCGCCAGCGCCAGCAGCAGCAGCGCUGUCAGACGAUCGAACAUCAGGUGGCGCUUCGGCUGCAUCUAAGGCCUGA